CAAAAAUUCUUUUUCUUUUUGACGCCGAAUUUCUCAAGUCUCACAGCAUUAAUCCCAAUGUCUAAUAAUAAGGCCAACUAUAUACCGGACAGCGACAUAGAGGGAAAACUGCAAGACGAUUCGUACGUAACAAGCCAGAAAAACGAGUCAGUCCCGGUGCAAGGCGACAAUGAGCGGGUCGAAGAUCCGGUAAAGACAUCAUCAGCCGACUCUGAUGAACAAUUGGAGCAGGACGAUAGGGAGGCUAUUGAAAAGGCUAACAUUAUUGAUGAACGUACUCGAGGUUCAAAGCCAAGAGGUUCAUAUCAGGAGCCGGGGGAUGAGGAAAUGUUGAGCGCCGAAUAGGGAUAUUUAGAGGCGCAUUGGACCCCUGUGUUGUGUGAAUAGGGUUCGCUCGUGCACUGCCACCAUACAGGGAGCCAUGUCCUCUUCGAAUCAAAUAGUCAAAAUUUAUCUGUUUUUCUACCUGCGUAUUUGGCCUGUUGGUAGGUAUCAGCAAGCAUUAGCGCAACAAAACCUGAUUUCAUACUCUAGCCUUACCUACUUAAGGAACAUGCUAGUCAUCACUUGAGGGUAGUGUAUAUGACUAAAUAACUAGUAAC